AUGUGUGCUAUCGUGGCGACUUGUGCAAGAGACGGAGGAAAUCGAACGCCGGUGGAGCAGCGACUGCAGCUCUUCGCUCUUGGAGUGGAGGACGAAGAACUGCAGACGAAGCUGCUGCCAGUGCUGGCCACCGCUGUGCCGAGUGUGGAGUGCGUGCUGGAGAAUACCAGCUUCGACUUCGCUCAUGUAGUGGCUGUGUCGUGGCGACUGGACUACGUGCUGCGCUCCAGCAGCGCGGGGAGCGCCCACGAGCCGCUGUACUUUGUGCAACUGAAGUUGCAGUCUCCUAGCGCUGGCAGCUCGGGGUUCCAGACGGUGUCCUUCUCCUGCUCUGUGGAAGAGCUGCGGUCGCUCGUGUAUCGCAUCCAAGAAGCCGCCAACGAGGUGGAGAAGCUCGCAGCAGGGACGCCCUCUCAACUCAGAACUACCGCGUGAUCCAACGAACAGAACAACAGAGGUGAAGCUAAUAUAUUGUUGUGUCAAAGGGGGAGCCUAAGAAGAGAGUGACUAGGCUGCUUUGACAUUGGAUC